AUGGAGAGAAAUGCGGGGCAUGAAGUGGAGAGGGAAAGACCAACGAGAGCGUGUGAUGGUUGCAGAAAGAAGAAGAUCAAGUGCAAUGGCCCUGUUAAAUUCCCGGAGAUUUGCAGCAAUUGCAAGACGUUCCACCUGGAGUGCUCAUACAACGAUCCAGCACCAAAGCGAGGAUUCACAGUGGCCUACGUGCGCGAAUUAGAACGCAAGGUGUCGCUAUACGAGGCAUUAGUGGAGAGAUUGGCGCCAGGGCGAAAUUUGCACGAGGAUGUGGAGAGUGUGGCGAGCACCACGGCUAUUAUGCCACCCAAGCGGAGACGGGUGGAUUCGGACUCCGGUUUGAGUUCGUCCCUUGCAAGCACUCAGCUGGACACACCGUCCACUUCUUCCCUCCCGCAAAACCCUUCAAAAAUAGGUCAUGAAGAUGACGAAUUAGAGCAUCCCAGCGACUCGGACGACGACAGUGGUCUUCACGAAGAACAGGAACACCGCUACUUCAGAGGUGUGAAGGGCAUACUCAAGACGCUUAAGUCUUAUUCUGCAGGCCCGUCUACACCCCCGCUUUCCACCCAGCAGAGACCUGAAUAUUGGAGUCCGCACAAGCAUCUCGAGGAAGACAGCUACAUCGAUCCAUACUCAAAUGAGGAUUUUGGAGACGAGAGGCUGUACAUGCUGCUGGUGGAGAUAUACUUCGAGAAAGUCAACAGCACUCUUCCGCUCCUCAACAAGAAGCGCUUUGUGGCAGAAGUGCGGCACAGGAAGCUGGAGAGAAAGUUCGCUAGCAUACUUAUACUCGUGUGUGCACUAGGUGCGCUCUACUGCGAUGACCCCAGAGUUCUGAAUCAGCCUGAACGAUUUAGAUUCUUGUCGGGAAGUAGCUUCCUCGCUACGUACAAAAGGAAAUCACCCGAUUACAGCUUGUCGGCUGCCACGCUGGAGGACAUACAGGCACUCAUUUUGCUUCAGAUGUUCGUGCAGCGCUCUGCGCAUCUCAAGAGCAGCUGGAACUUGAACGGUGCGGCGCUCGUCAUUGCCGAGGACAUGGGCCUGCACAUGCAGCAGACGGACCUCGGAGAUAACGAGAGAGAAGCUCGCAAUCGCGCUUUCUAUUGCAUAUACCUCUUUGAUAGGUCGCUUAGUGCAGCGUACGGCAGACGCAUCCUCUUUAAGGACGAAAAUCUCAACCUGGAACUCCCCAAGCUGCUGCCGGAAGAGUGUGGAGCUGAAGAGGAGUACAGCGUGCUUUAUUUUAAUCACAUGGUUAAGCUGUACAACAUCCAGGGACAAAUUACUCAGUCGCUGCACUCACUCAAAAACGCUAACGAGAAGGAGGAUAUCACCAAGGUCGUCGCGUGCAUGAGUUCGAAUUUGAAUCGAUGGCUAGAGGACGUACCUGAAAAACUUAGGUAUAAGGAUGAGUGUACGAAUGAACUCGUCUUUCAGCUGAUGGGCAAUCUUCGCAUUGCAUUUUUUAACAUACAGAUAUUCAUGUACAAGAACUUCGUUCCCCACCCGCACACGAAGAAGGUAUCGAGAUUCAAAAUGCAGAGUUUGAUGAUAUGCGCAAAUGCUGCGCGUUCGCUACUCAGUAUCUUCAACAUCAUGGAGCUGAAGAGAUCUAUCGUACAGAACUACAUUGACGUAAUGUUGAACUUGAGCCCAUUUAACGCUGUCGUCAUACUGAUACUCAGCGCAUGUGAAAGCAGAAGAUGCGGUCAAGAUGACCAGAACUCAGACCUCGAGUACAUUGAAACAGGUGUGAAUGUUCUGCGCAGGAGGGAAUUUAGAGACAUAGUAGCAGGAAAAUCACUCGACGUUGUCUUGCACCUUAUAGAAGCAUGCCAAUUGCCGGUCGACACGACAUCGAAAAGACGGCGGAGCAACGAUAUGCAUUUUGCAUGGCUCAAACCGAUGACCGAUAUGAAUAGCGUAGACAGCACGUCAGCAUUGGAUGAUAGCGGCACGGAGCGGGAUGACCAGCUGCUCCUAACGAACAUGUUCAAUCUUAUGCAAUCAAAUCCAAUAGACAGCACCUUCGAUAGCACGUUCAAUGACCUUGUCACACCCACGGACAAUGCAGAUCUCGAAUGGAACGAUUUUCUGACGUCGGUCUUUCAGAAUCAGUGA